CUUAGGUUUGUUUGACAGCAACCUUUUGACUCUUCACUGAAUCAAAAAUAGGAUGAAGUGCAUCACGCUCUUUCUUGUGUUGUCGCUGGUCGUCCUCAUGGCUGAACCUGGGGAGGGUUUUAUUCACCACAUUUUCAACGGAAUUGCCAAUGUCGGGAGGAUGAUCCAUGGGAUUGUCACCGGGAGACACGGCAUGAGAGAGCAGCAAGAGCUAGACAGACAAGAGCAGGCAGCUUUUGACUAGACUUCAUGAAUCUGUGAGGGUUCACCUGAAGGAGCCAUUUAAAGCAAUGUUUA